GUGGCCGGAAGAGGCGGGGAGGGCGGGCGAAGCGCGGAGAGAGGGAGCGCUGAGUGGGUUCGGGCCGCACUCGGGGCCGCCGCCUCUGCUGCCGCCGCCGCCGCCGCCGCCAUUAGCCGAGGGGGAGCUUGCGAGGUGAGUACUGCGAGGCGCCUGAGGUGGAAACCUGAAGUGAAAGACAUAGAAGCAGCGGGGCUUCUUUCCCGCCUCUCAAACUCCUGUGCUGGGCCUGGGCGCUGUCCGCCUGUUUGCCGGCCCGCCCGCCUCUCUCUUCGGCUGCUUCGAGGCCUUAGGAGUUGGGGAAGGGCGAGGAUAAGGGUGUGUUCCUGAGUUACUACUGAAUUCUGUUGCUUCUCCUUCCCCUCCCUGUUUGCUAGUGAUUAAUAGCAUGGGAUCGUGUAAGACUCUCCACGCAUUUGGGGGGGGGGUGAUAAACCCAUGUGGGUGUGCAUGUGUGAAUGUGUCCACCCUUUCCCAUGUGUGCGCUUUCUCCAUUACGUGCUUCUUGAUUCCUUCUUGGAUACACCAGGAGCGCACUGUUUGAAAGUUUGGGGCCUUGGGCAAAGAACUCCCCAAAUUUAUAUUUGUUAAUUGCUAUUUGCAGUUCGGACAGGGUUUGCUCCAAUACGUCCUUUUUACAAUCGGCCGAUAUCUGAUAUUCAAUAGGUUUUAGUAGAGGGUUGUCAAAAACGUUAAGGCCCUACACGUCGAAAUUUGUUUGUUCAUUAAAACUUAGGCUGCAACCCUAGUCCCACCUACCUGAGUGGAAGUUUCUUCUCAGUGAAUGUACUAAAGGGGUUCACUGACAGUCUCUGAGGGCUACCUCCAGUUGCCUGUGAGAAAGCAUAUAUCGAAAACCACAGGUAAAUAACAAAAGUGUAGUCAUUUGUUUUUGAACUCCCAAGUGAGUGUGAAUCCAGCAUUCUUGUAAGACUGAUCCAUUCAUUGGACAGACCUGAUGAAAUCCUUGAAGGUUUUUUUAAAAAAAAAUCUCGUGAUCAAAAACUAAAUUUGAGAACGGACAGGUUUGAAUAAUUUUCUGAACAAGAAAAGAAUAUUAUUUUGACCUGGGUAUUUAUAUCAGCAAUUUUUCUGUUUCAGAUUAAUUAUUUGUAAAAGAAAAAACUAAGGUGACAAAAACUAUGUAUGAUACAAAAGUAUCCAAGUUAAUGAAAUCCAAGGUAGAUUGGCCUUAAUUAUUAUCUGCUGGAAAAUGAGAAAAGUUAAGUGAUUUGAAGAGUGUUGUCCCAAGGCAUGGCCUUGAAAGCUUAUGAGAGAACAGUCUUGUCUAGUAAGACCCUUGAUAAGAGACAAUCAUGUAUGUUGCCUUCCAUGAUGAAAUAAAGCUGGGAUAUAAAUCUCAAAUACCCCCCCCCCAAAUCAAGUGCCUAGAAAUUGCCACCAGUUUUCUAGGAUCCAAGAUAUUGAGAUGUUUGAUUUUUUUAUUGAAUGGGGGUAGGAAGCAAGCAGAUAUGUGAGAAUUCUUAAAAGUGCGGAAGAUAAAUGAGAUAUUUUAGGUCAGCGUUCUCCAGCCUAGUGCCCUUCAUAUUGGACUCCCAGCUUGCACACAUCUCAGCUUGCAUGCCUAGUAGUUAGGAAAGAUAGGUACUGCUUCUGAAGGGCGUCACAUUGGUGUUUAACAGUCUUUGAAUGGCAUCAUGUUGGUGAAGGCUUUUCUAGUCUGUUGAGGUAUAUACCACUUAACUGCAGCAGUCAGCUGAUCAUCAGUGUUAGAAUGACAAGUAAAGCAUUGAAAUAAAAUGUAUUCCUAUAAAUCAGGGGUGGAGAACUUGCAGUCAGUGUGCCAAAUUUGCUCUGCAAUACUGUUUUCUUCCAACUGUGUUCACUUGCCCCACGUCUGUCAUAUGUGACAUCAAGUGUGGGACAGGUAGAGAUGUGCCUGGAUUGACUGUGUGACCAAGUUCUGCCCACUUUUGGCUCAGGUCCCAUCUACCACCAUCAUGCAUCAUAUUACACCAAUGAAAUGCAACCCUCAACAGGAAAAAUAUUCCUAAUCCCUGAUACAGUUGUAAUAUGCUGCUUAAUUUUAUGAGGCAGCUGGCAUUAUUGGAAAAGGUGCCAUAAAGGGUGACUAGUGAAUGAAUAGUAGUUGUCUAAGAAGAUAUUAGUGACUGUUCAUUUCAAGAGCUAGUAUGCUAGGCAUAGGUAUGUAACAUGUAUGUUUGGGGGCCAGAGUGACCUAGAAUGCCAGCAUCUCUCUGAACCUGCUUCCCCAUUACAAUUGCCAGGGACUCCUCCAUAUUCCAUUUAUCCAAGAAUAGAUACAGGGAAACGGCCUUCUUAGUCAUGGCCCCUACAUUCUGGAACUGCCUUCCAGAGGAGUUUAUCUUAGCCUACCUCUUCAGAGUUCAAAAAGGAGGGUGGAUUUCCCACAAGAAAAGUUUUAAUUUAUUGGAAUUUUAUUGAGUAGUUAUAAUCUUGGAGAGACAGAAAUCACAAACAUGUUUAAAAAAUAAAUAAAAUCUAUGAACUGCACAUAGCUGGCUGAUCCAUAAUAGAUUAAUGCUGUGGCAGCGGUGCUUUUCAUUGUUAUACUAUUGAAGAGCAGGAUUGCACAUCUAGGUGUUUAAUAAAAAUAAAAGAUUUUUUUAAUAUGAAGAAACUGUUACCUCCAACCCAUAUAGGUGCCUCUGCCAUUUCAUUGACCUUGCAGGAUUUUUAAAUAUAAAAUAAUAGCUAUGAAUGUUGCAGUUUUCCUCCUUCAGUGUUGCAAUGUAGUGCUCUCCUAAAAUUGAAAAAUGAACUUACAAAUUUUACUUCAUGAUUUCUGUUAGUACAAAUGAAACCAAGAAACUGAUGGAACUCCACAGUGAGUGACGCAUUCCUCCUUAGUCUUGUGCAAUGUGGAACUGGGUAUAGUAUUGUGAGUAAUUGGUGGAGGAGAGUGCAUAGGAACAAUGCAGUUAUCUGUAGAUAGAACUGUGAUGAAUACAGAUUUGAAUGUAAGCAUUUGUAGAUUCUAUAGGAUGUCACAAUGAUUAAUCCAAGUGCUUAAGAUGAUGCUUAUGUCAUGUACUAUUGGUAGGAAAUAAAAUGAACAGUAAUUUUUUUUCUUGAACAUACGCUCCAGUCAACAAAAUGUCAGCAGAACAGCUUCAAGUCAGUAAUGGAUACAUCUACAAAACUGAAUUUCUCCCUAGCCUGUGCUUAUCCUUGAAAGUUAUAUUCUUGUUAUCGUAUCAACAAUACAGUAUUAACUCAAUUUAAUACAGUAUUAAAACAGUGGUUCUUUUUGCCUGCCAUUAGGAAUGAAAGAGAUUGAGGUUUUCUACUGAGUGGACUAUUGCUCUUUAGAAAGAACAGCCACUCGCCUGUGGCGAAUAUGAAUCUCCUCCAGGCAACCAGGCACAGAAGCAUUAUAAAGGUUGAUUCUUUUUCCUUUUAUUUAUUUAUUUCUUUCAGUGUAAAUCCCGCCUUUCUACAUGUAGCACUCAAGGCGGCUUAUAAUAAUAAAAAUACAGUAGUUUGGGGGAAAACCACAACCUAACAAUAAAAUAAAAAUAAGACCAGAUAAAAUUAGUCAGUAAUAAAACAGCAAACAGUAAUUAUAUUUGAACAUGUUAAGGUAAAAAUUUAAAAAUAUAGCUAAUCCAAAAGCUAGAUGCCUGUUUUAGGUAGAUAUAUAUACAUAUACACACACACACACACACACACACACACACACCUGACAGCGGAAGGAUGUCAUAGAGAGGGUCUAGAUGGCUCUCCCUGGGGAAGAGAAUGAGAAAGCUUAGGUAUAGCCACUGAGAAGGGUGUCUUUGGAAGAUCUCAAGAUUCGUGUCAGCUCGUACUGGAGAUAGCAGUCCUUCAAGUAAUAUUGUCCCAGGCUUUUUGCAUUGUUCCUGUAAAUGAAUUGGUAGUGAUGAAGGUAUUGUAUUUGUGGUAUUGCAUAGUCCCUAUAAGAGGCCCUGCUCGAGUCCAGGUACAGCGUUCUGAACCAGCUGAAGUUUCGAAAAGCUCUUUAAAGGCAGCCUCAUAGAUAGCACAUUACUGUGAUCCAAACAAUAUGUGGUCAGUGCACAUGCUACCAUGCCCAGAAAUAAACAGAAGAGGUAGUAAAACAUGUUGUGAGCUAAUGUUUGUGGACUUAUUUGCAAGGUUGAGAAGGGUAUUCGUGUGAAAACAUGUUACUGCUUAUUUUAUUUAUUAUAACAUUUGCAUCCCACCUUUUCCCCAAAAGCAUAUAUAGUAGUUUCAAAAGCAGUUUAGAACCUACUGGUGCUGUAAAGAAAGGGUAGGAAACCUCAGGCCCACAGGCCAACCUUGACUCACCAGGGGAUUCAAGUUGGCUGGUGAGGCCAUUUCCCCCAAAGCACAGCCCCCUCACCAGCUGAUAUCACUUGUAACAUCUUUUGUUGGGUGGUGUUAAAUCAUGCAUUGGUUGUGCAUACCUGUUCUUCAGCUGAUGAACGUAGGUUAAAUCCUGCUUACUUCAGCUGGAUUCCGUUCAAACUGCUGUUAAUACAAAGGAGAAGAACAUCCUAUUUUAGCAGCACUUUGCACCUGAUAUCGUUGUUAUGUCAGGCGAUUGACAGGUUGGUAGUCCCCCCCCCCAUCAGUAUUGAUAAGGGUCUGGCCAAAGAAGCCACAAAUAUUCCCCACCCUAGAUAUGCAUGCUUCUCAUAGUUGCAUUUUCAUUUAAUCCUGAAAUGUAUUUUAACCACAUUGUGAAGUGAUUUUAUGAUGAGGAAAGGUGCCAGUGUUUUUGUGCAAGGCAAUAGUAACCCUAAAUGUUAAUGCACACGUAGAAGGGAAUGAGAAUCAUACUGUAAGAAGAGGCACUUAUCUGGUCCACAAAGGCAUAGAGAGCUGAAGAUACCUUAGGGAUGGGGGAACCCCCUGGCCCUCCAUAUGUUGUUGUAUUCCCAAUUCUCAACAGAACCUGGCAGCAUACCCAGUAGUCAAGAAUGAUGGGAUUUGUAAUUCAGCAACAUUUGAAGGGCUACAGGUACCCAUCGCUGGCCAUGGGUGUUUGCAUAAUGAGAGAAAGCACUAGAUAUUAGAGUAACACUUUAUCAUCAUGUAAGUGACCAAUGUGUAUUCGUGUAAAAAAAAGAAGAAGAAGAAGAACAAACUUUUUUAGAAUUCAGAUAUACAGUGGACACACGGGUUGCGAACGUGAUCCGUGCGGGAGGCACGUUCACAACCCGCAGUGCUGCAUCUGCGCAAAGCGCCGAAACCCGGAAGUAACCCAUUCCGGUACUUCCGGGUUUGGCGCGGUGCACAACCCAAAAACGCGCAACCUGAAGUGUCUGUAACCUAAGGUAUGACUGUAAAUUAAAAACAAAAAAAUUCUGUUAUGUUUGAGAUCUAAGCAUCAGACUUCUCUAUGUUUUCAGUGCCUGACAUGUUGGGUCCACCUCCUGGUAAGAAUCAAGGAGUUAUUGUAGUAAUAACAAUCUGCAUUGCUCCUAGGGAAAAGUGUUAAAGUUGUUGGCCUACUCUGCAAACUGACCUUUAACUGCUAUUCAAGAACCAAAAUUAAAAAGAGAAGUAAUAGUAGAUUUAUACCAUUAAGGUUUCUUCUUUUCUUUUUUUCUAUCCAAAGGGCUGUGGGCAAGCCACAUUAAGUUUGUAACAAAGUACGUCAAUAAUCUAAACCAGAAACUAAUACACCAUCCAGUAACAGACUCCCAGAAAUCAGCUAAAACAUCUUAGAACUAUCUGGCAACUGUACAGAGGACAAGAGAGACUGACAGAGGUGAGGCAGUUGAGAACACUUGGAUAUUGUGUUUGGUACAUGGAUUAAUCAAAAUAAAUUAGGAAAGCUCUUCAUUCAAGAGCACAAUUACAUUGCAAGAGAUGAGCAAAUUGCUUCUAUUAUGGGCUGAAGCUUGUCAAAGCAUUGUCUAGAGCAGGGCUGGGAAGCCUGUGGUUUUCCAUAUGUUAUUGGCUAACGUGGUCAAUGGUAAAGGAUGAUGGGAAUUGUAGUCCAACAACAUCUGAAGUACCACAUGUUCACCAUCCCUGACCCAUAGGAAUUAUUUUUUUAGUUACAAGUUAGGAUACUAUUUUCAGUCUGCUCAGAUACUUUCAUGGUUCCCUACUCCCACCCCGUGUGCUAGCUUUACCAAUAGGUCUUGGUUUCCCUUCACUGCUGAAUUUUUAGCUGAUGUUGAUAUUUAUCUAUUCCAGGGUGGGAGAAAGCUUGGUUAAUUGGUUGCCCAAAUGCCUACAAAUCUCAUGCUGGCUCUCAAUUUGGAUUUAUGUAGGAUUUUAAAGAAUAGAUGUCUAUUCAGAAACUCCGAACACCACCUCAGAACUGACUGACCAUGUUUCCAUGGUCAAAUUAAUCCCAGAUUAAAAUGAAUGUGCAAGUCAAGCUGUGUGUAGUUGCUCUCAGAAAACAUUGGACAGUUUAGCUGUUUGCCCUGAGCUUUCUCUCAUUAGUCUCUCUAGCUUUCUACUUUGUUCCUUUUAUGCCUCAAACAUUUAUCAACAUUAGACCUAUCUAAAUGUUUUGUGCAUGUCCUCCUAGAAUAAUUGGUCCUUUAUCCUUUUCUCUUAUCAAGCACUUUAAAUGGCUUUGGUGGUCUUGUAGGAAAUGCUUGAGGCUACCCAUGCUAAUCAGCCAAACCAUAAUAUCCUCUUUGGAGAGUUAUCUACCUUGAUCUUCCGUUCAUCUACCGUAUUUUUCGCUCAAAAAUGAAGGGGAAAUGUGUGUGCAUCCUAUGGAGCGAAGACGCCAUAGCCCCGGGAGAGCACGCGCGGGGCUAAAGCAGCCCCCCGCGACCCUCUCCCGGCUGGAGAGGUGACGCGCGGCUAUGGCAGGAGCCUCUAUAGCCGCGCAUCACCUCUCCAGACGGGAGAGCGCGCGCGGGGCUAAAGCAGCCCCCCGCGACCCUCUCCCGGCUGGAGAGGUGACGCGUGGCUAUGGCAGGAGCCUCUGUAGCCGCACGUCACCUCUCCAGCCGGGAGAGCGCGCGCGGGGCUAAAGCAGCCCCCCGCGACCCUCUCCCGGCUAGAGAGGUGACGCGCGGCUAUGGCAGGAGCCUCUAUAGCCGCGCGUCACCUCCCCAGCCGGGAGAGCACGCGCGGGGCUAAAGAGGCCCCCUGUGACCCUCUCCCGGCUGGAGAGGUGACGCGCGGCUAUGGCAGGAGCCUCUCCGCUGCGCCUUCCGCUGCUCCUGACCUGCUCUUUGGGGCUGGUGGUGGGCUUCCCCCGCCAGCCCCAAAGAGCAGGUCGAAGGAACCUGAAGCCUGGAGAGCGAGAUGGGUCAGUGCACACCGACCCUCUCGCUCUCCAGGCUUCCAAGGUAGCCGCCUGAACGGCACCUUGUUUUAGAGCGGGAAAACAAGCGGGGGACAGUUCUCCCCCUCUCUGCGCAGCGCCUCCUGCCGCUUCGCUGAAGGGGCGCUGGGCAGAGAGGGGGAGAAUUUUUUUUUCUUGUUCUCCCCCCUCUAAAACAAAGUGCGUCCUAUUGUCCGGUGCAUCCUAUGGUGCGAAAAAUACGGUACCUUGCAACUUUAGAGAUCUGCUUACACGAUAAAUAGGUGUGUUUCUGUUUGCUGCCAUUCAGAAGAAUGCAUAGUUCCCCCUCACUCUUAAAGUUUUGCCUUGAAGUUUACAUUGUAGGAAGUUGUUGAUCUAAGUCAACAGAAGGAAAGUGAUGCCCAAACUGGUGAUACAGAAUUGUAGAGUUGGAACAGUCUUGCAAAUAGAUAGUGAAUGGACUCCUAUGAUAAUCUGUGUUUGGCUCUGCUUUAUCAUAGAAAAUUGGGGCAUACAAGUUCUCUGUCACCUUUUGUUCUUGCUAUUAGGCUGGGCAGAUUUCCAGAGCACUGCACUAUAUUUCAGUAAUGCAGUUGUUAUUGGGCUUCCUUCCUUUACAAUAUCUAGCAUUAUAGAAAAGACAGGGAAAAUGUGAUAGGCAGGGGAAAUAUAACAAGCAUCUAUGGCAGGGGAGAGUGCACAGAAAUGCUCUCUUUUUCUACACUGUCUUCAAGAGCUAUAGCCUCCACCCCCAAUAUACUUUCCAGCUUGCUUUUGGUAUGAGCACAGCACCAGGAAGACUUCCUUCCCUCCUGAAUAUUAGAGUUCAGGGAAAAUCCAAGAAGACAAUUUUUUUUUUUUUUAAAUAAUAUUUAUUAAUAAUUUCAGAAUUACAGAAAGGAAAGAAAAAAUAAAAAACAACACUACAAUGCAUAAAAAGAGGAAAAAACGCAAAACAUAAGACCAAUACAACAAUACAGCAAAAAAAAAGGAAGAAAAAAAACACAAAUCCCACAUUACAUACCUUUAACUUCCAUUUGCUUGUUUCGUUGACCUCCUCACACCUCCCUUUUUGUAUUCUAGUUUAGUUAGUUAUUUCAGCAAAUUCUUUCCAUCUUUCUCAAUUAUUAUUAAAUAAUUUAUCUUAACAAUUUAACCUAUUUAACUCGACAGAUCCUUUCCAUCUUUCCCCAUAUUGUUAUUCAAAUUACCUUAAUUUAUUUAACCUUUUCUUACCAUAAAAUACCUUAAAGCUUGAAACUUAAUACUCAGUUAUACAUAACUCCUGAUAUCAUUUCUACUAGAGUCAUAUAGUUUCAUUCCAACAUUUUCCCUAAUAUUCAUUAGUUUUAGACUAAUUCCCUAAAUAAAAAAAAUUUCUUAAUAAAUUUUGUUCCAAUCUUCAUCCAGCGUCUCUUCUUCCUGGUCUCGGGUCGUGUCAGUCCUUACUGUCCAUUCCAUCUAGUCCAUCAACCUGGAAGUCUUAUGUCCGAGGCCCUUAAGUCUCUUCCAUGUCCCUUCUGCAGAUUUUCUUCUUCUUGUUUAUACUUGCACUUUUCCUUGUCUUUUGUUGGUCUCUUUCUUAAUUUCUUUCCUUUCUCAUUGAGGAGUAGGUCUCUGGGGGGGUUCCAACCCAAAAUUAUCUCCGUCUCCCUUCAUCAAACCAGCCCAUUCCCCACAGUCCCACUCCCCACAUUCAUCAAUAUAAUCCAAAAAAUGUUUACGAGCAUAUUUCGAAGUCUCUCCAAAGUUAAGAGCCUCCUCAGCUCCAGACUCCCCCCUGGCCCACUCCAACUUCAAUCUUCAAAAACAGCGGCUUAUGCUUCUGUAGGGCCUUGGGCCUUUCCAUUUGUAUUAUUUGGGGUGUAGCCACAGCCUCUUCCAUUAUCUUCUGCACUUGCCCAAUCAAUACAGGUUCCUGAGUUGGACCCUGGAUGGUUUCUAUAUCACUAUUCACUAUUUGUCCACAGUUAUUGGCCACAACAGUCAUCAAAUCCAUUUUUUCAUUCAUCAAAUCCAUCUUCUCAUGCAUCUGUUCCAACAAAGCAUUUGUCUUACAUAAAGCAAGCACCAAAACUUCCUUCCAGCUCAUAUUUAGUCAAGGUCAAAAGGACUAAUCCCACAAUCCUAAUCUCACAGCUGUGGAUUCCUCAAGUAGACUGCAGCAACAAUUUAGCAAGCUCCCUCUAGAGGAGACAAUUUCUAUUUGUAUCCAUCUUUUUAAGGCAAGUCCAACAAAGGAAAAUUACUUUCAUUUUUCAGAUAUUUUGUUUCUUUAGGAUGCAAAAGGCAACAUUGGAAUCAGUUUAUUUCUCUUCUUUAGCUAUCUGUCAAAGUAUUCCAUUCACAGUCAACGAACCUCUCAAACAAUGUCUGUCUCUGACACCCCGUUCCCAGGUUAGAGACGGUGGAAACUUAUCUUUCUUCACUCCCUCUCCUGCAGGCGUUACACAAAAUUCCCCCUCCCCCUUUUCUCCUGCUUCCAAGGGGGUUUCAGUAGUUAUAAAUGAAGGAAAUUUUGGCUUUUUUAACGACUUUCCAGGCUUUAGCUUACAAGGUUUUUGCUUCAGUCUAUAUACAAAAAGCGGAAGGCGGACUUCCUGUUUUGAGCCUUCCCGCUUCGAUGUCAAAUUAAGAUAUUUCUUGAUCCAAUUUUCCGUUUCUACUCACGGGUACUUGUUUUAAAUCCAAUUGUCCACAGGAAAAGUUAGCGCUCUCCGGCGAUGGCUGUGCGGCUUCACUCUGUGAAAGUAGCAGUCAGUUCGCAGCACCGCGCCGCUCACCCCACUUCACUCCGGAAUCCCAGAAAGGGGUUCCCCCGUGAGUAGGGGGGGCGCUCCUGGUGCCCUGCCGAACCCCACGUUCCCAGGCUUCCUCCGCCUGGGAUUUCUAGCGGGUCCCCACCUUCGCCGCGGCGGGAAGACCCAGUUUCCACGGAGCUAGUUCCUCCGGUUGGAGGAACUCCGCCAUUCGCCGAUGGCGCUAACCCGGAAGUCCAAGAAGACAAUUUUGGGCUAGAUAAUUUGACCUGGUGGAAGGAAGCUUUGGAUGCUCCCAAAUAAGUUCUGUUGCUUUUUGAAUGUGCCUGAAUUCAGUGCAGCAUGAGGGAGAGUUUUCUUACUUCUCCAGGUACUCAGAAAGCAGUGAGACAUAUUACUGCUGUUUCUGUAUAUAUGUGACUCAGAGCAGCAGGGAUGAGCCCCAGCUGAUUGCUGAGGUGGAGAAGGGCAGAGGCUCUACCCCUGUGGUUUCAUCUGACCCUGAGCUCAACAUGAUGUCAGAGAAGGCCCUGUCCUCUUCCUUGGAGGCCAGGGUUGUGGCACAAAUUGAUUUUGCUUGGCUGUCAAGGCUGGAAAAAAAGGAAAAAGAGUGACUCCUGUAUAUGAGCCUUUUAAGGACACAGGACAGAGAAAGCUUUGAGCACACUACUGUACUUCUACAACACAGCACAAUUUGGGCAGCCUACCCCAGCUUCAAGUUAGCCAAGAUGCGUAGUUGAAGGUGCUUUGGUGACAUAUGUGAGCAACGGAUUGACACUUGGUAAUAGAAUCAUAGAACUGUAUAAUUGUAGAGUUGGAAGGAACCACAGGGGUCAUCUAGUCCAACUUCCUGCAGUACACAAAUCCUUUUGCCCAGUGUGGGGCUCAAACCCAUGAUACUGAGAUUUAGAGUCUCAUGCUCUACCAACUGAGCUGAGAAUGUUUGCUGCUUGUUUCAAAUGCGUGGAGAAUUUCACAUCUGUAUUAAUACAACUAAACAAUUUGAUGUCACUAGUUUGUAUGAUACAUUUCUGGAUUCUGAGUUCUAAUUUUGGUUGUUGUAUGUUGGCCAAAAAUGCUCAAAGGAGGAGGGUACUGCUACAGAGCAGACUUUUCAUGCUUUUAAGAGCCAUAGUUUUCUUUUCCUCUGUGUCAUGGUAUGAACCAAGGAGUGCCUUAAUGCUGGUGCCUAAAUAUGCUGCAGUCAGGCUGCUGCACUACAGCAAUGUAAACUGGAAAAAGUUCUCUGUAGUGUGAUGCUCAAAUCCUCGGGGAGGAAAAUCAUGGCUAAAUGAAAAAUUUGGACAAUUCUGGUAAAAGAUCAGCCUAUUGUACUUGUGUUGUUACAUCUUUCAUUGCCCUGGGCUGUCAGUUUUCACUGCUUUUUCUUUUUCAGUUGCUGGCUCCGACUGAGGAUUCAGAAUGGGAGACAAGCCUAUUUGGGAGCAGAUUGGUUCCAGCUUUGUACAGCAUUACUACCAGUUAUUUGAUACAGACAGGACUCAGUUAGGAGCAAUAUACGUAAGUAGCUAUUGGAACAGAUUUUUCUUGAUUAUUUUAAACUAUUGCUCAAUUAUUCCAACACGCCCCCUCCCCGGUUAUGUGCUUGUCCAUUACAAACUCUUGCACAGAGAUACCUGGCUGUUAAUCUGAACUCCGGAAAUGAGGUUGUAAUUAUUGCUAUAUCAUUUGUACGAAUUUUAAAAAACAAUUUAUAGUGCACUUGCAGUAUGCAGACUGCUUUACAUUUUGGCUUCCAAACAGCCCUGUGAAGUAGGUUACAAUCUUUUGUUAUCAGGGAGAGAAUUAAGGCAAGGGCAUGUUCACUUGCCAAAUGAUACACAUCAGGUGUGGGAAACCUUUGGCUCUCCAAACCAUUCCUGGCCAUUGGCCAUGCUUGCUGGAGCUGAUGGACACUGUAGUUAAGCAACAUCUGAUGAGCCAAAGGUUUCCCGCUUCUGACAUACAGUGGUACCUUGGGUUAAGUACUUAAUUCGUUCUGGAGGUCUGUUCUUCACCUGAAACUGUUCUUAACCUGAAGCACCACUUUAGCUAAUGAGGCCUCCUGCUGCCGCCGCACGAUUUCUGUUCUCAUCCUGAAGCAAAGUUCUUAACCCGAGGUACUAUUUCUGGGUUAGUGGAGUCUGUAACCUGAAGCGUAUGUAACCUGAAGCGUAUGUAACCCGAGGUACCACUGUACACAGUUAUAAAUAGGCAGUCUUAUUAGGUCAAUUACUUGCUCAGAUAUUCUAGUCAGUUGAAAAGUACCCACCCCAUUGAUUGGUCAACAUGUUCUAUGACUUUGAUUUGAUGCACCACUCGGCGUUCUAGUGGCCUCAUUUUACAGUAGCUACAGUAAAGCAAGUUAUUGGAGUCAAGAAUGUGAGGUUACCAAAGCAUGGCGCCUUCACCUGGUGGUAUAUCACAGGUGAAACUCCCACUGCUCCCGCAGUAUACCGCUGGGUGAAGACACCAUCACGCUCUGGCCCUCAAACCUAGGGAGGAACAGACCGGUGGAGCUUGUUUUUCCCUCUGCGUGCCAGGCGCUGCCUAGCAUUUAUAGGCAUGAAGUGCAGGAUCAAGAGCAGAUUUAGUUGGCUGAACAGCUUCAGGCGUCUUGUUCAAAUUCUUAGCAUGCAGCAACUGAAAUAAAUGCCCCACAAUCUGACAAAAUGGUGCUCCAGACAUUCUCUCUGAUACUGUAUAAACAUUAUUGUUUAAUUCAGAAUGAAUGCCAAUGACUUUACCUUAAAAGUGCUCUAAAAUGUGUCACAGCAGGCCUCAGUAGGUUCAUAUAUUUCCAACAAGGGUAGAUUUUGCCAACCCAUUCGCCAUCCUGAGAAGCUCUGCUGGAUGUCUACUAGAGGAUGCAAUUGUGGCAGUGAAGUAAACAUUCUUCAUUGCCAUGUGGUAGGCAUGAUUAUACACUCACCAGCACAAAGUCAUGCUUGUUAGGAGACUUAAACCAUUUGUGCUCUGUCUGUUUUCGCUGCCUCCUGCUUCACCCACAACUCCCUGGAAAACCAGGGUCUAACCAUGCUCAGCAGUGCUGGAGAGGCCCUUGGGAGUGACUGUGUCGACCACUCCUUCCAUACCACUGUUCCAAAGAGAAACAAAAGUUCUAAUAAAUGGUGACAUUUCCACUCUAGAUGUUCAGUUGCCUUUCUAAAUAAACUAGGAUCUCCUAGGCAGAUCAGUAAUACGGGAUGAAUUGUUAAUAUGAAACAAAUAAAUGAAGCCUUAGUAAUGCUUAGACUAAAGUGAUCAGCAGCACAGUGCUGAUUUAACUUUUACACAUGCAGUUUUUGUCUUUUCUCCGAGUUCCUGUCAGCAAACUUGGGGAGGGUUCAAAAUACACUUCAAUACAUUGUAUAUAGCUUAGAGGCUGUACCUGACCUUUAGGUUGGCAUUGCCUGAGUGUUUCAAGAGAACUAAGUGCAUUUAGGGACUGCCUGAAUGCAUCAGAAUGCAAGAGUGAUGCUUAUGCACAUAGGACUCUAAACUUUGUUGGCAGGAAAGCAUGUGUUUUACCUCAAGCAUUCAUACUUUGCUAUUACUAGAUGCCGUCCAUACUCUAGCACUAUUCAUGGGAUAAAUUGAAAUGGAUUUUCAGAAUUUUUAAGGUUUGAGUACCUAAAAGCAAAGAAAGCCAGGGAACAAAGUGGAAAAUUCUUCCUUUGUCUAACAAUUAUUUUUCUGGAGGGAAUUAAAAAUGGCAUUUUUGCUAGAAUUUGACUUCUGACCAUAUUGAAACAUGGAUGAUUGCUAAGCAUAUUGGACAACUUAUGUGAGAAUGAAAUGCUUCUUAUAACUUCUGUGCCCAGGCCACAUCACUUCUACUCAUAGCAGGUGAUCUGGUUUUAUAUUGGCGGGUCAAUUUUCACUUCCAAAGGUUCUGGUGAAGAAUGGCAGGUGGUAGAGAUUGCAGAUCCAGUUGGAAAAUGCUCGUGGAUAAAAUAGUGAAUUGCAGCUGCUCUGAACAACUGUCAUGUUGAAUGACAGUUUGCAUCAUUCUGUAUUGUUAAAACUUUAUGGGAAUGAAGGGCCUCAACAGCUGCCUUUUUUGUCUGUUUUUUGUUCUUAAUAGUGUAUGCUUCACAAGGGAAAUCCAUGAAAGCUAUUGGAAUGACAAUUUUAAAAAUGGUGAUUGACUGACUUUGGUCAUUCCUAGUCCCAUAUAGUGUAUAAGUUACCAAAGGGUGUUAGAUUUAUAAGAUUUGCUGUAUAAAUUGAAGUAGAUGGAAGCUAGAAAGCUGAGGGUCCAAGAACAGGGAGAGGUUAGACUAUAGAUCUUUGACCAAGAGGUAGUUGGCUGGAAGAGUGGAGCAAAGAUGGGAGACCACAGCCUUCCUCCACCCCACCAAUUGGCUUCCUAGCAAAAUAGCAAAAGCCCAUUUUCUAAAUGGCAAGCUUUAAGUGUGGCACUGUCCAGUGGUAAGCAUGAUGAGCAACCAAGCUUCCUCCCAACUUAGAGGCUGGAGAUGUGGGUGAAGAUUCUUCAGCACAAAUGCAUACCCUGCUAGUUUUUCCUGUUCCAAGCCGAGACAGAGAGCAUUGGAUUAAGCAGUUUGAAGGCACUGAGGCAGUAGAGUCCAAUGGCCUGCACUCCCCCCCCACCAAAAAAAUUGGCCUUCCCCAAAUUAAAUACCCUGGCGGUAAGGUCUUGACAGGUGGGGAGGCCUGGCAAUUGCACUUUUUGGCAUGUUUAGCAAGGCCAAAUUGUAGACCUCCUAGAUGGACAGCUCUCAAGCAAUAAGUAGCUUCUAGAAGGCAAAAUGUGGCCUGUGGGUCUAUAGUUGCUGUGUAGAACAAAUACAUACCCUAUACUUACGAAAUACAGCCUUAUUGUAUGGGCCAAAAGUAAGGAGUCUGUGAUUGGGGUGGAGGAUGUUGCCUGCUGUGGUGCACUACUAGGACUCAAAAUUUGCUGGAUGUCUUUGGCAUGGAGCCAACCUCUGAUUCAGCUGAGCCUGUGCUUAGCCCUUCUGAAAAAGGUGCAAACUUACUCCUCUCUAUUUCUGUGUGUAGCUGAGAGAGUUUAAUAACUAUUGCUGUUUUCUUUAUGCAACAUGAAAUCUUACUUUUCCAAGCAGAUUUUUACCGUCUCCCUCUCCCUCCUCUUUUAAUAAUUUCAGAUAGAUGCCUCAUGCCUUACAUGGGAAGGACAACAAUUUCAGGGCAAAGCAGCUAUUGUUGAAAAACUCUCAGUAAGUUCCUGUGCUCUUCAUUGCCGGACAUUUCUGUUCAGCUCAGAAUUCUUUUUGAAAGAUUUGCGUUUUGGUGCAGGCCAAGUUCUGGUGUUACUUCUGUUGUAUUAUUUAUAGGAAGCAGGUUUAGACUGCACCCUUUUGCAUUUCUAAUCUGCCUGUCUGAAAUUGUACUGAUUUCAGUUCCAGAAAUGUAAAGCACAGUUAACUUAGGAAGUAAGUCCCAUUGGACUCAGUGAUAGUGAGGAUGAAAAAACACACCCUUAGAUUUAUAUAGUGUACUUGAAUGUUCAAAGUGCUUCACAUGCAUUAUUUUGUUCUAGUGCUAACUCAGUAAAGUGGUUCAGUUUUAUUAUCUCCAGACUGCAGAUGAAGUCUGAGGAGGUGUGUCUAGCCUAAGGCUAUCUCUUGAGUUCCAAGCAGAUGAAGGCCCAGGGCAUCCUGAUUGGUGGCUCAGUCUGUUAGCCACCUAGCUAUACAAAACCUUAUUUGCAUGUGUUCCAGACAGCACAGUUGCAUCAUCUUUCAUCGUGGUUGCAGUCUAUAUAAAGCAGGGGUGGUGAACCUGUAGCCCUCCAGAUGCUUGUAAAGAUGGUUUUAAGUUUUUAAGUAUACAACAACAAUAAGUGAUUAUACAGUGUCUUUUAUUUUGCACACAUGUCUAUAUUGUAUACUGAGAGCAGAUAUAGCCUUGCAACAGUUUCUGGGAUUAUAACAUGCUAAUUGUCUCAGGAUAAAGCUUCUCCUAAGUGAGAGGCAAUGGUAGUCUCUGGCAACCAUCUACAUGUUGCUGAAUGCCUGUUGGCCUCAGUCAGCAUGAUAAUGAACAACCAGACUUAUUAUCUAUAACAUCUGGAGGCUACAGGUUCUCUUUCCUUGUUUUGUGUGUACUCUGUCCAGAAUGAGAACAGCAAUGGAGCUCAAAAGAAACACCCUUUGGAAUAGGUGAGUUUCUCCUUAACAGGGCUGAAUUCAGAGGUCCACAAUUUUUGCCUAAUCUUAAUAGACCAAAAAAUAUGACUGCACUUUCCUAUGUUGUUGAUUUCACAUGACACUCUAUACAAGGUCUGGAAUAAUUCCUUGCUCCCCUCCCCAGCUCCAAGUUUAGAGCUGGAAAUAAGGUGGGAGGGUGGCUUGUUGGCUGUGCAGCUUAAGUGCAGCAGCAGCACCUUAAACACACAUCAGCUUCCCUUGGAGCAGGGGAGGGAGGAGGUGGGAAUCACCAUGAAACUGCUAGUACAAUUACUGCCUCGCAGCUGCAAGGUUGGGAGGAAUUGCUUACAAGAAAGCAGCAACAUGCUUACCAUGAUGACCAAAAAUGUGGGAGCCUGGCUUGAACUUUCACAUGCUAUUUUAAACAAAAAACUGGUCAGCGAUUGAAUGAAUACAUUUCAGGGUGCUUGCAUUUUCAGAAUUAAUUCAACACCUAAGAACCUGGCUUGGUGCCACAGAUUGCGUCACAGAUGAGCUUAACCAUAAAAAUUUUAAGCAAAACUUUACAUUUUUUUUCUCUUUCUGCUUGCAGAGCCUUCCCUUUCAGAAAAUACAGCACAGUAUCACAGCGCAAGACCAUCAGCCCACGCCUGACAGCUGUAUACUCAGUAUGGUAGUUGGGCAGCUUAAGGUAAGUGCUUUUUUCAACUUUUGGUCCUGUGAAAGGAAUAGUUGGAGUCCAAUUUCAGAACCGGUUCAGGGUUUAGCCACUGCAAGUGAGUUUGGGCUCACAUGUUCUCUGCCUCCCUCACCCCCACUCUAUGGUUUGCUCAAACCAAGGAGGGAGAGAAUUAGAGCACAAAGAGGAGAGGGGGAGUAGGUGUGUUUGAGCCCAAAGCCUGUUCAUGACUGCCAAACCACAGAUUGACAAUUACAUCUGAAACAGGUCUAAUCCAUUAGAGCAGGUUGUUCUAGCACUGCAAGUGAACAGACCUACUUUUGCUUGGGUCAUGGAAGCUGAAUGACCAGGGCUCUUUCUCAGAGGGGUCCCCGUCCCUCCCCUCUAAUACAGUGGUACCUUGGUUCUCAAACUUAAUCUGUUCCAGGAGUCUGUUCGACUCCUGAAACCAUGCGAAAACCAAGGCACGACGUCCGAUUGGCUGCAGAAGUUUCCUGCACUCAAGUGGAAGCUGCGUUGGACAUUCGGCUUCUGGAAAACGUUCGCAAACUGGAACACUUAUUUCUGGGUUUGCAGCGUUUGGGAGCCGAUUUGUUAGGCAACUAAGCCAUUCAAGAACCAAGGUACCACUGUAUGUUGCAUUGACUUUGUAAACGUUAAAUACUCCUAUGUCUUGUUUUGACUGAUGUGGGUGUAAAGGCCUUCAUGCUACCAGUUGGAGGGGAGGAACCAAAUGAGUCACCAAGUUUGUUACAACUGAUGGAAAGGAGCCGGGGCCUUAACCAACACAUAGCAUUGUUCCCUCUCUGACAGAGGAGCUUAAACAAAAAUCUCUAGGUGGAGCCGUUGUUAAAGAAGCUUGUUAUCUUGUGCUGCCUUGGAAACUGAAAUACACCUGUGAGCAGGCAGGGUUGUGAGGCUAUUCUCUGAAAACUUAGACUUUCAGUUGGACAACUUUAAAGAAAACUGUCUGGCAACACUGAACUUGGAAUGUUGGUCACAAGGACUUUGGUAAGCACUGCGUCACACAGCAAAGGUGUGUCACACAGCCCAUCGGAAGGAGGCACAAAAGAACUUUUCCGUCUCUGGGCCUGUGUUAAGUGCAUAUGGACACACUUUGCCCCACAUGUAAUCCAGCUUCAAAAUACUUUUACUUCAUAAUACCUGCUAGGAAUGUAAAAACAACAAAAGAAUAUUGUAGCAGUUCAAAGGCUAAUAUAUUGUGGCAAAAGCUUUCACGGGCUGUAGCUCAUGACAGCUCACACCAUUAUUCUUCAGCUGGUGGGUUAGGACCCACUACUGGAUCAUAGCCUGGUCCAAGGUAGGUUGCAACAGCAGUACCACCGCAUGCAGCUAUAUGGAAAAAGAUUGAGAAAUGGGUCCCCAAAUACAUGCUUGGAGUUAAAGGUGGGUCCUGAGUCUGUCUUAUGCUAUAAUAAAUUAGUUUGUCUCUUAAGAUGCUGCUACAAGACUUUGCUGCAACAGCCCUUUAGAAAUUGCUACGAGUUUAACUUUACUGCAAGAGUUGAAGAGAAGCCUGCAAAAGUGGCAUAAAAAAAACAAGGGGUGCUGUUGUUUUUUCAGGCAUGUCCAAAGUCCGUUUCAGGGGCCUCCUAAUCUGGACCUCCAGUCGGUUUAAUUCGGCCCCAGUUUAUUUCCUGGGGUAAAAUCCUUAAAAAACCCUCACGGCCUUUCACUUCAUCAAAUCUGGCCCUCUUUGAAAAAAGUUUGGACACCACUGUCCUAGAUACUGAUACACAGUCAGCUCUAGUCUGAAACAAGUUCAAUGCAUGUAGAGUUUGUGUCCUUGUAGAGAGAGUCCUAUGCAGAAGGGAUCCACUUCAAACUGAUGUUUGUGUGAUGUCUGAGAAGUAUGGCUGACAUGAGUGUCAGCAUCUAGGCUAGCCCACCCAAGAACGAGAGCCCGUUUACAGGUUUUCAAGCCAACAUGUGAAGCAGUAAUCUAAAAGAAUGCACAUCUUCUUGUUAUAUACAGAGGCUAUGUAAAAGGAUUAAUGUACGGAUGGGGUGAUUUUUUAUCAUAGAAGAUAAAGCUUAUAUACUUUUUUUCUGAAUGCUGUUUCAGAAGCGAUGCAAGGAGAAAGGGCUUCACUUCUAUGUCUUGCCAGAAAUGAAUCAUGUGCAUCUUCCCGGGCACUUUUAGGCAGAAUGGGAAAGUGCAGAUCAGUGGUGCUUCCUAUAUCUUCUGCAUGUUGCCCUGUCCAAAAGAGUAGUCAGUGUGAUAUCACUAGUAUUCAUUAUCAGUGCAUACUUGUUGCAUCACUUGGCAGAUGAAGGCAUUUAGGAAGAUAGAUUCUGGAAAGAAGAAAGUUAAUCUCUAUCUAAACAUAAAGAUUACUUAGUGUAGCUUUAUAGACAAACACCUGUUUUCUAGUAAGUUUUAUGCUAACCUUUCAGAGUUUACUUGGCAUCUUCAUACUUGUAAUAAAAUUGAAAGGGCCCAAACUCCAUGGUAAAGCAAGUAUUUUGUAUGCAGAAGGUUCUAGGUUCAGCCAAUAACACCUGCUAUUCAAAUGAUUGCAUGUAGAAGGGAUGGGAAAGACCUCAGAGGUGCUGCAAAUUGGAAUUGACAGUGCAAGGCUGGGUGGAAAAAUAGUUUGACUAUAUAAGGCAGCUUCAUCUGUUCAAAGCUUCACAGAUAAGCAACUUUAGUUUGCAGGCUUUUAAGUUCAUGGUUUGCAUGUGGCUUAUUGUAAGCUAUUGGAAGAUUUAUUGUUGCGAAUGAAAUUAUAUGAAUUACCCAUUACAAAAACCUCCAGGAAAAAAGUUAAUGUAGUCCCUUUAAUGUGGACUGAAAUUAUCUUACUAAUUUUUAAGCUUGUCCUUAUUGUACUGCUCCUGAGUAAUUGGCAGCAGUAGAGGUACCUGUUGCAUGCCUGGAACAUUCUUGCUAUACACUCAUAAUGGAAUCCUGCAAGGAGACUGGCAUUCUGUAUCUACAGAGCCUAUCACUUUAGUAAUGGUUUCUCUCCUGUUCUGCUCAGGCAGAUGAUGACCAAAUUCUAGGUUUCCAUCAGACCUUUUUGUUGAAAAGCUUACAAGGUGCGUGGGUGUGCACCAAUGAAGUCUUCAGGCUAGCACUCCACAAUGUUUAGCCUCUGGCCGCCUUCUACCUCUGAUCUUCACAGUCCUCACUGAGUAAGAAGCACACUGCUUGCUCCUGUAUCCUAGUUGAACUUGCAGUCUGAACAGCAUGGACAUUGCUUGUGUGUUCUUAAAGCAGGGUUGAAGAAUGAGAAUCCUGCUCAUCUCAGGGUUGUGGCUUUUGAAUUGAGCAAAUGCAGUUUUCCACUUGGAACCAGCUGCUGCAGAAUUAAUUUAGCAUAACUUUUUAUGCCAGUCAGUUGCUUGCCUAACACCCUAGAUCUAGCAUUGCUUAGAAAUCUAGGACAUCUGCGUGGCACACAAUGAACACUCACCUUGUUGUGUUUGGAGUUGUCUGAGCUGGAGCCUGUAUGUAUAUCUGUGCAAGAUUCCUCUUAGAUCAGGAAAAUGCCCUUAAGCCAAGGUCAGGUUACACUUUAAAGCACCACAAAUGUGCAGCUCAUAAACACAGUUGGGUCUGGGCUUCAGGACGUUUACAGUUUAAAUAACAAGAGUGUUGGAGGAGAUGGGAAAGGGAAAUGGCAAAGAAUGGGUGAGCAAAUGUAUUUAUUUUAGGUUUUGUUUCAGUUAGGGAAAAGAAUUAAGACAAAGGCUUCACAGAAAAAGUGGGGUCUUAAGAAGGAUUUGGCAGGUGUUUUUAAACUGUAGCAGUAAGAAUGGCUCUUGGUAUGUACAGCAUGGGUCUGUGAGGCCUCUACAUUUACCUGAUUUGGUUGCUAAUAAUCAGAGGGAGAAACAACUGUCGGGGAUAUGCAAAAGUACUUUCUUUUUAGGAAGCAUUUAUAUAUGUCUCUUCUGUGGCACUCUGAAGCCACUUUUGCCCACUUGUUUCAGCUUCAGUGGAGAUUGUGUGUGUGGAUGGCAUGGACAGGUAUGCAUUUAGAAUCUAGAUCUGGUUAUAUUUCUUUUUGAGUGCAGAGUGCAUUUUUAGAUUUGGAGCCAAUUUGCUGAGUACAGCCAUCUUUUGGAUAAGGUGACAGUCAAAGCACAGGUCAUAGUUCUAGCUAUUCAAAAUAUUUGACAUGUAGGUUUGCUUCAUCCCUGGCAACAGCAAGAACAGGGAAGAAGCAGAGUAGGCACUUAAGAGCAGUGUGCUGGUGCACACAGGUAGUUUGUAUUAAACCAUGGGCAUAGCUAGGGGGAGCAGGGGCACAACAAGUAAAUAAAUGAAAAAUACUUAAGUGCCCAAUUGCAAUACAGAUAGCUCACUUCUGCCCCCCAGCAAUAAUGCUUGCCUCCCCUUAAAAUAAAUCCUGGCUACGCCCAUGCAUUAAACCAUAGUUUAUUCUAAACUAUGAACAAACUAGCUCACAGUUAACUGCUCCAUGGAAUUUUGCAGAAAAAUUAUAUGGAGCUGAAAUGCAACAUUAUAUGUACUGGUAUAUAUUCUAGAAGAUGUGAACAAGUCAAUAAUUGCCAGCCUUUCCCCACUGAAUGUCACUGUAAUGGCUUUAUUCCUCCUAUUUGAAGGGAUUCAUUCUUAUGCCAAAUAUAUUAGUGAUUGUUAUAAGGACAUGGCAUUUUUCAAAUUUUUGACCACCACUCACCAUCCCAUUUUUUUUUUAUUGCCCUAUCUUUUUGUACAUUCUAAACCUUAUGCCUAUUUUGUUGGCUUUAGUAGGACUUAACCAGGAACUCUCAAACACACUACUACCUCCUCGAAUUGUUGUUAAGGGGUUGUAUUGAUUCUCAAGAAGCUUAUAAUUCUCAACUUCCAUAAGCAUAAACAUUAUCUGUAGUGCAGCAGUAAUUGCUACAAUGGUAAUGGAUCAUCUCCAUGUUUCUACUGCUCUUUGAGUAUUGUCCAUGCCAUUGUAAUUUUGCAUCAUUAAGACUCAAAAAUGCAUGUCAGAAUCUUGCCUACCUUAAUUCGUUAGCACAGGGAUGACAUGAUAAAUCUGAAAGCUGAAUGUUGGUGCAGACAGGUGAAGUAUGCAUGACAGCAUUUGGCACCAGCUGCAGGAAUUUGCCUUGUUAGACAUUUGCUGUAGUAGAGAAUUUCUAAAAUUUAUUUUUAUUUUGUCUUCACAGGCCGAUGAAGAUCCUAUUAUGGGAUUCCACCAGAUAUUUCUAUUAAAGAACAUCAAUGAUGCUUGGGUUUGCACCAAUGACAUGUUCAGGCUAGCAUUGCACAACUUUGGUUGAGACAGCAUCCCUGAGGCACCUGUACUUUUCUUUUCUCCUCUCCUCCUUACAGAUAUUAAUCACAUUCAUGGAACAUUCCAAAUAUCAUACACAAACCUGCAACACCACGGCAAGCAAGCAAGACCUGCGACAUGCCCUUCUGAAGAGUUUAUGUUGUGUCACUAGAAGAGUUCCUUGUGCAUGAUGUUUGGAAGUUAGACUUAGCUGCAUUUGACAAGGGAAAUGUGUGUUUUUACCAGCAUGCCUCGGGAAGCAUCCGUAAUGCUAAAGGUUGUGUUUCUGUACUGACAAGUUUCUCUAAUAGCCCAAAGAAGCAAAAGGAAAGGAAAGAACGGCAGCCUGAAUCCAGCUGAGAUACUGAUUUUUUUUUUUUUGUUCAGAUGUUUCAGUGCUACAUUAUACAAUAAAACCAUGAAAUUUUCUUAACAGUUUACGUUGUUGGAUGUUCACUAUGUAACUAGAUUCUUGCAUCUUCAGCUAUACAUCUGAAUACCUAGCCUGGAAACGCACGACUUGGCAGAACUUUGAAGUUCUUAACGUCUCCAUAGCUCUUUUGUAGUACAUUUUUGCCAUUGUUUAAGGCUUAACAAAUGCUCCAUAUACCUGAAAGUUGAGACAUUUCCUUCCCCUGAAAGUCGAAAUACGGAUUUAUAUUAAUUACUUACGUGCAAAGCAGAUCAUUACACUGAGCAUCAAUCAUUUUAUUCAGUCCUUCUUACAGAAAUAGAUGGAAGACUAUGCAUAAAAACAGCAAUGUAGAAUGUACUUUUUCCAGGCUUCUUUCUCUACACUAAGUUCACAAGAUUUAGCAUAUUCAUACCAUUUGCUUUUCCUCUAGUGUUCAAGACAUGGGUCCGUAUAUCAUCAUGAAUUGUUUAGAGAGUUUUGCCCUUCCAGGACAGCCAUUUUAAAGCAACUAUAACUUUAGCCUAGUACAAUCACACUACUUUUUACGUUUGCCUGUGGCUUGCUUCGGAUAAUGUCCUGAAUUAUUGUAGUAUUGUUACUGAAGUAAGCAGCACCCACAUGCCACCAAUAGCAGUGUUUCAGUAAUUAAAUAGUACCAGUGCUACUAAACUGCUAAGAAAAUUCCAAAUACGUUUUCUCUGCUGAUUUGCUGCAACAACAUAGUGGUGGAGACAACACAUAUUUUCAAAAUAUCCUUAUAGGAUUUUUAUUAAUGAGCAGGUGAGGUGAGCAGACUUGCAUCCAUGGGCCUUUCCUAAAGUUUAACUGAGCUAUUUCCAAAUUGUGCUGGGCACUUGACCUGAUACUUGUUUAGUUUCAUAUGUCAAUGAGUAGGAGGAACAGUAAGUGUGUUUUUCUCAACUAUGGAAAAAGAUCUCUUGAAGAAAUGGAUUUGCUAUCACAUCUACUGAGAGGUGGCUGUAGUCUGCACCAAAUCAAUAUAAAAACCAAGGCAAGGAAGGAAUGCAUUUCCAAGCAUAUCCUGAAAUAAAGCUAGAUUUCUAAUCCCCCCUGGAUGGUUUACAAAAGUCCAUUUCAGCUUCGCUCUUGUUUGGAUUCCUUGCUCUGAUCAUUCUACUUCACCCACUCUCUUUGUGCUUUCAUUUUCCUACACAGAAGUGAUCUAAAGGACCGUCACUGUCCCUGGCAAGCCAAUGCUUUGGGGGCGACUACAGCUGCCGCUUACGGUCCUUGAGGUGUAGUUCCAUAGACAUCACUUCAUUGCAAGGAUUUUGGUUAACAUUAGCCAGUUACAUGAAUUUAAAAUGUGCUUGUGGAAGAGGGCUUAGGCUGGCAUCCAUGCCGUAAUGCAUGUGUACAGGUUUAGUUUGCAGAAGGCCCAGUGAUGUUUAGAACUUAGUGCCAAGUUUGUUUAGAACUUAACCCUUCAAAUCAGGUGAUCAGGCAACUAUUGGGAAACGGUUGUCUCUGUAUCUAAAUAAGAUGAGGCAAUUCCAGAUAGCCUCAUUUUAAAUUUAGCACACCAGAUGAAGAUCUUUGGGUGAGGUCAUCAUAGGUACCAUGUUUUGAGUUGGAUGUUGUAUAAGUCUUGGUGAGAGCUUUGCUUAAUAGCCAUAUGAAAACAAAAUGCCUUAUAAAACUUCAUGAGAAUGUCUUUCACAGGCAACAUUUUGUUGGAAGGGGGGCAUUACUCUUUGGCCAAGCUAAUGAGGAAUGUUUAUUAUCAUCCAUAAGAGAAGAGUGACUGUUUCCCAAUAUCUUGUGUCACCUUCACAACAUUAGCUUAUGGCAUUUUAUUAAAAAUUGGUUUGCCCUUUGAGAAAAUGUUAAAGUCAGUAGGUAGAGGCUGCUCAGAAGGGCAAUAAAAAGCUGUGUUCUCCAACCCAAUUUGAAGGAGAAAUCCAUCCUUCCUAUCAUCCCUUAAUGGAAACUGCCUUGUAAUCAUUUGUUUUCAGGGCAGAAAACAUCCUUAGGAUAUUAUAAACUGCUACAAGAAGGUAUAUGAUAGAAAGCCUGAUCUAGGAUUCUAGAUUAUGUGUAAGGAGAUGAAAGCUGUUAAACUGCUCAUUCUGAAAAUAGUGUAAAUUCUUUCAUAAAACUGCUAAGUGCUACUUUGCUUUGGGGCAAUACAUAGAGCAGACCUGUGCAACUACCAAAGCACAGCUCAUCAGCCACAUACCAUGGCUUGCCACAUGCUCCAUAAGUGUAUUUUUGCAGUUCUAGGCCAGCACCCAAAACAGCAGGGUUUGGAUCCAGUCAAUAUUGUGGUGGGGUUCUCCUUUUUGUGAGGGGUAUACAAAAGAAGGCACUGAGAAUUCGCUUCUAUACAAAACUUGUCAUCAGUUGACAGUAGAAACAUCAUGUUCCGAAAACUGCAGCAGCCUACAUACUGCUUUAUAGCAGAUGCUUGAUGUACACAGGGAGAAAAACACUAUUUGUAGAAAUGCAGAAUUUCAAUUGCAGACCAGCACUGGCUUUGCCAAUAAAUAAGCUGUACUUAUGUGAUGUAAUACUACCUACCUAUACCAUAUCUACUGUAUAAUCUUGACUUAUUAAGAUUGUAUCAGCAGCAAAUGUUUAAAUAAAGGCUCUUUAAGGUUAAGACUAGAAACCAGAAAAAGUGAGGAAGUGUUGUGUGCUGUCUUGCUUCAUGAGGCAGCAUAAGAAUAGGGGGCCAGCAUAACUCAUCUGUGUUUAGAUUGUUGUGUGAGGACACCUCUCAUCUCUGAAAUAAUUUCCCUGUUGUCUAGUGAUAAAAGGGAAGGGGCAGCACUUUAUGUGAACAAGCCUAGUAUUGUCACCAUUUGUUUAAUAGUGGCAGCCCCUUUUCCUUCCCAUGUAAUUCCCAUGCCCCACCCACCCUGGAGAGGACUUUAUGCUCAGCCCCAAAGAGAAUAGUUAUCCUGACCACUUAGUGAAUUCUGAAAGAACAAAAUGUGUGAUAACAUGCCAACUUGUAGAAUAGCUUUUCCCAACAUAGUGCCCUUCAUUUCUCUGGACUGUAACUCCCAUCAUCAGUGAUUCUGGCUGGGGCUGAUAAGAGGGCAAUAAGCUCGCGAAGGGUAAACUUUCUGUUUUGCUAUUGAUGUGUGGUCUACAGAUAAUGGAGAAUACAUGAAAUGUGAGGCAAGCAUACUUGCCUUUUUAGGUUAUUAAGGCAAAUUUUCAUGUUACGUACACUGCAGUGCACAAUAUGGGGAUAACUACAUCGUCCUAUGCAAUCCUUUGUGGUCCAUGUAUGUGUUCAUCAUGUGUUAUAAAAUUUAUUUUAUUUAAGAUAUAUAUCUCUCCAGCCAAAAAGGGAUGCCAAAGUGGCUUACAAAUGUCAAUCAUAAGACAGUCCUUCCCUUCAGGCUUACAAUCUAAAAUGCAUGACAUUCAAGGGAAGGGGACUGAGGAGGAAAGAAAAGAACUCGGGCAUUAUUUCUGGUUGUGAAUUGUCUAUUGCAAUGAUGUUGCAAAGGUUUUGAACCAGAACAAACCAAAGGUUAGUGGAGGCACAGCCUGAAAGGUAUUACCACCUUAGAUGUGGUUUGUGGAUUUGGGGAACAAUAGCAACACUAGUGCAUUUCUAGGCUUGGUAUCCCAGGAAAGCUUUUCCAUUUAGAAAUCUAGUGUAAUUUUCCUUGUAGGAGGUGGGUAGGGAUAAAGGAAAGUUGCUGUUCUUGACAGAAUAAUUUUGUAUGUAGAUAAGAAGCUUCUAGCAUUGCCUCUAUUCUGAUUGGCAGCAAUUCUUCCAGAUUGUGAUCGAGGAUUUUCCAGGUUUUACUACUCAAGAGUCUUUUACCUAAAUAUGCAAAGCAUUGAUCCUACGGCCUAAUGCAUGCAAAGCAAAUGUUCUAGGUCAAACAAGCCUGAUAUGGAACCUUAAAACAACAAUGUUGGGAAAUAUAAAAUAUUAUUUUCAGUGCUUUGUGCAGAACUUGCCUUAAUAUGUCUUGUGGGUUGGGGGGCUAUUGUACAUGUUCAUGCAAAACAAUAAGGAAAUGAGAGGGAUGGUGAAACUACUUCUAAUGCCAUAAAGUCAAACAUUUUCAAGUAAUUUAUCAAGAACAGUGGACAAAUUACUUAUAUACAGCAGCUGCUGGCAGUAUUUCAUUUUCUGUAUGCUACAGGCUAUUCUCUAUGUUAAUAGGGUUGGUGUGUUUUUAAAUUGACAGAGGCUCUGUGUAACAGGCCAAAGUCAACAGACAAAGGCAGUGCUGAAAAUGAUGGUACAGAAGCUGUUCCUACAGCUUUGUCUGCUUGCCAUGCAGGGUGUUUAUUAAAAUUCUAUACAGUACUGCCCUUCACCCGAGGAUCACAGGGCGGUUUACAAUAUAAAAAUACAAACAUACAUAAUAAAUGAACAUAUAAAAACAAUACCCCCCACCUACCCACAGUUUAAAAGGCUACAGGUUGUACGUGCGAGGGUGAGCCCUCUUCCCGGCCCUCGUUCUCCUUGCUGCGCGUUCCCGCCUGCUUCGUACACCAUCUGUAUUUAUUCCCUGCUGGGAGAGGCGGAACCCGGACGUCUGGAUACCAUUUGCAGGGGGGAAGAAAAGC